AUGGCGACGCGGAUGCAGCGGCUCGUGCGGGCGUUCUUGAGACGUCACCGAGCGGCCAAAACGCUUGUGCGAGCAGCGCGCAACCUGCUGAGCAAGAAAGUGUGGUCCACAGCACUUGUUCUUGGCUCGACGUCAGUGGACGAACCGUACUACGCGCUGUGGCUGAGCCGUGGGACAGCGAGUGUGAGCUGCAUCCAGCGCCGCAAACGCGGGUUCCUCAAGCUCGAUUCGGCCACGUCGAGGGUGCUCAACGCGCUGCACGAAUUUCGGUCGUCCAAGAGCCGCACAAAAGAUUGGGAGUUCGCUGCCCUCGAAGUCCUUGGGCAGGUCGAAGUGGUCGAGGAGUCGACGUCGUUGCAAUUGACGAUUCCACCAGAGUACACGUUGGGAAAAGCCCUCCACCGCUCCGAAAGCUUGGCCCAAGUCAACAAGACCAAACCGUCCAAGCGGACACCCACCGUGCUCGAAGCAGCCGCUGCCCUGUCGAUUCCCGACCUCCUCGACAGCCUCCACGACGGCCGCGACGUGAAUGAACGCGAUGCUACCGGGCAAUCUCCACUGCACGUUGCCAUCACGUCACUCAACGUGGACUCGAGCAAGGUGCAUGACGUGGUAGGGGUGCUUCUCGACCACGGAGCCGACGUCAAUGCCAAGGACUUCGACGGAGGCUACACGGCACUUCAUCACGCGUGUGCCAAGAACCAAUGCGGUGCAUGUGAAGCGCUUCUAGAAGCCGCCCAAGAACGACACAUUCCACUCAACAUAUCGUCGUACGACGGCAUGUACCCCCUCCACGUGCUCGCGAUCCUUGGCCACGUGGAGUGCGCUUGCGUGCUUCAGCAAGGUGACCCUGCCUGGGACGUGAAUGUUCGGGACGCUGAAGGCCGGUCCCCACUGCACUUGGCGAUUGCUUACAACCAUUCGACGUUUGUCACGUAUUUGCUCGAGAUGGGGGCCACACCGGACGCCCGUGACGGCCUUAGCCGUACCCCGUUGCAUUACGCUGUCGAAUGCAAGGUUGGCUUGGAAAUGGUGAGCUCGCUCCGUAAGUUCAAAGUCGACUUGAAUGCUGCUGACGAACGUGGGGAUACAGCACUCCACUGGGCGGCGCACUCAGGUCACCAGAAACUGGUCAACCACCUCGUCAACCUUGGCGCGGACACGACACUGCAAAACACCGACUGGGAAACGCCCGCCCAACUCGCUGCUGCGAAUGGACACGAAGGGUGUGUUGCCAUUUUCGCCCGCUCGUCCAAGAAGCAUCCGAUACCGUCCCAUGCUGCUUCUCCGUCGGUGUCGUCGUACGUUUCGAUGGGCUACACCUAUGACACGGGUGCGGCGGACUCGUCAAAUGGUAUCCCAGAGGAUAGCAGCAGUGGAACUGUCGGGGCUGUCGCAGCGGACGUUCCUCCCGAGGCAUUGCAAUGGGUCUACGACGAGUACGGCGGGUGCUACGACACGGCUACGGGGACGUAUUGGAGCCCUGACGGUCAGGGUGGGUUUUACAACGCGACCGAACCAUGUGCCACCACCACCUUCACCGCGAGCGAGAGCGCAAUCUACGACUCGAACAACUAUUGCUAUUCAGCCCCCGACAAGACGGAAGCGUGGCAAAGUGAUGCGGAGAAUGCCAAGGCUUGGGCCGACUACUACGCGAGCCAAGAUCCUGCGACCGCCGCCGGGGAUGCCUAUUUCCAGCCGCAUGAACAAUCUGAAACGGUGGAGGCGGCCGUGGCACCACAUUCACUUGCCCACCUGGAUGGAGCCGACGAUUCACUGCAAUGGAACCAUCGGGUGGAAUCACGGCCGUCGGACGAGUGGACCGAACCAUGGAUCCGUGACGACGAAUACUUGAUCGACGGCGUUCCCCACCUCAGCCAUCGAGACGCAUCGAUGCCGUCCAGCCACGACAGCUCGUCUGUGUUGGCGCUGCGGCAAUCAAAUCCAGCGCAAAGCGAUGAAGAGGAAGGACUUGUAACAGACGCGGACGUGCCAGACAUGAAAUCAGGAGCCCAAGAAACGAACCGAAGUGAUACUGGCACCGACGAGCAAGGGCAAACUUCCCAAACGCGAUCGUCGCGUGGUAGAGCGACUGCAACGGGGGGCCGAGUCGCGUCGAUCAAAAACAUCACUGCCCAUCCACCAUUGCAAGCAAUCAACAUGAGCCACUCACCCCAGCGAGAAGUCAAGUCUGUCGGAGGUGCAUGUGACCCCGUGGAAGGCAGCAAGGUCGUGGUCGUGGAUCGAGCCAAAUCUCCAGUGCAUGAAUCGGACGUUGAUGAGGACGAAGGAGCGAAGGCUAGGAAACAUCCAUCCGAUUUCCACGGGCGUUCCAGUCCCAUUAAGACACUGCACGAUGCUGACCGUCCAUUUCGUGGCGACUUGAAUGAAUCGGCCAUGCAAACAAGUGUUUCCAUGACUGAUGGCCUUUCUCGCAGCCACGACAGCGAUUCCUAUCUCGCUGGAGACGCCCUUCUUUCACUGCGGACAGAAGAAGUCGACGUGCAACAUGAUUCAAUACCAAGUCGCGCGGUGCCGUCAAGGCAAGGCAACACCGUAGAUAUCGAUGCCCCAGUCGCUGGAACCAGCCAAACCUUUGGCGGCGGCAUCGUCGACCUUCGAGAAUUUGACCAGACGCCAGAUGAGGACGCCCAGUGUGACGUACCUUGGACGGCACCUCUCUCCGAACUCUCGCCCCUCGAUUCGAAUGACGGCAUGGGCACUGGUCAGUCGAUGGCACGAGUACACGAGCUCCCCCUUGAAGCCACGGACACUGCUUCCACCGAAAUCGAUGAUUCCACUUACUUAAGCGCCAACGAUAGCAGCAUCGAUCGUGAAAACGAUGGAUCUGCCAUCGACACUGCUGCAACCGCGACGGUACCGGUGCCGAGAGCAUUCGAGACCGUGGUAGCACGCGAUGGCGAUCCUGUCGUCGACGCCACGAUCGACCAAGAACUGGUGGACGAUGGUGUCUCCAAUCAAGGCUGGUCAGACGAGUGGGCGGCGUACUAUGGUGUGUCCGUAGCUACUGGCGAUAUCGAGGCUGGUCCAGCACCAACGUACCCUGGCGCCUUUGCUGCAGACGGCACGUACAAGUUACAAAAUGCCGCUUUUGAAGCAAACUCGACUCGGAGCGACUCGCUCGCUCACCACCAUGCAACGGAACAAGGUGGUGGUGUAACAGAUGCCGCCGCGUGGGCCGAGUACUAUGCAUCGCUUGCGGCAAGAGAUGAGUACACAAUCAAUCAAGACGGGAGUGGUGACGUGGUAUUGACCAAGCCACUGGAUUCGGACGACUACUCGAUGGUCCAAGAGGGUCAUGACAUCCACCUAGAUGAGUAUAUGUUGCAUGUCCCACAACUCGACACGCAUCGGUCGACCUCCACGUUGACAACGAGCCACCACAGCGUUGCUACGGACCAUCCAAAGACUGUUCGUUUCGCAGACCAAGAUGACGACGGUGACGUCUCCGCCGUGGACAUCGAUAACAUGACGGGAUCUGUGCCGAGCGAACGAUAG